UCCUCCUCCUACUCCUUCGUCACAGCACCGCGACUGAGAAAGAAAGAGGCAGAGAGAGUGUGUGUGUUCUCCUUCUCUCAGAAAUGGUUACAUUCAGGUUCCACCAGUACCAGGUCGUUGGGAGGGCUCUCCCUACGGAUUCCGAUCAGCACCCUAAGAUUUACCGCAUGAAGCUCUGGGCAACCAACGAGGUUCGCGCCAAGUCCAAGUUCUGGUACUUCCUGAGGAAACUGAAGAAGGUUAAGAAGAGCAAUGGACAAGUCCUUGCUAUUAAUGAGAUUUUUGAGAAGAACCCAACCAAGAUUAAUAACUAUGGGAUAUGGUUGCGGUAUCAGAGUAGGACCGGCUAUCACAACAUGUAUAAGGAGUACCGUGAUACCACUCUAAAUGGUGCAGUGGAGCAUAUGUAUAAUGAGAUGGCUUCUCGUCACAGGGUCCGGUUCCCUUGCAUUCAAAUUAUUAAGACUGCUACCAUCCCAGCCAAGCUUUGCAAAAGGGAGAGCACCAAACAAUUUCACAACUCCAAGAUCAAGUUCCCAUUGGUUUUCCAGAAAAUUAGGCCACCAUCAAGGAAGCUGAAGACCACAUACAAGGCCAAAAAGCCCAACUUGUUUAUGUAAUGUGGUUGAUCGAUGAGUUACAAGUAUGUAGGGUGUCUCUAUCAGGCGCUUUCGGUAGAAGCAUUCUGUUGGUUGUUGAUUGCCAGAAUUUUGUUUUGAGUAUUUUUAGACUAUCGUUAUUGGGUUACGUAUUUUCUAUUGGAUAUUAUCUUUAAUCCUUUUGAUAAUUGAGUAGAAUCAAACAAAUUUGUCUUUCAA